GUAUAUAGGGCUUUUAGAAUGUUAAUAAACUCCUCAGGCACACCCCUCUUCAAUAGACAAUCCCAGAGAACAGUCCUAUCCAACGAAUCGAAGGCAGCCCUGAUGUCAAGAAACACUACGAUUGUUGGCCUUUGAAAAGUAUGGCGGUGUUCUAACAUUUGACGGAGGGUGAAGAUAUGAUCAAUACAUCCUCGACCAGAACGAAACCCAGCCUGCUCCUCGCGAGUCAAUCCUUCUCGGGUUUUGAACAACCUACGAAGUAUGACGGAAGCCAAUAGCUUGGACGCAAUCGGAAGUAGACUUAUCCCCCGAUAGUUGCUACAAGAACGACGUGAACCCUUUUUAAAGAUAGAGACAACUAUCGACUCAUUCCAUGACGUUGGUACACUCUCUAGUUCCCAAACCUUUGUAAACAACGUCGUCAAUUCCUUAGUCAAAAAGUCACCACCAUCUUUAAAAAGAGCCGGAGGUAAGUCAUCUGGGCCAGGUGAUUUGUAACGCUUCAAGAGUUGGAGUUCCUUGCGGACUUCCUCCUCAUUUGGUGGAUCAGUCGUCACCGGCCAUGGAGGGCAGGACAGUCUGACCGAUGUUGCCGGAGCAGCAGGCCAGUUGAACUGCCCUUCGAAAAAUUCUGCCCAUCGUCCAAGACGUCGAUGGAUGUUAGUGAUUGGCAUCCCAUCAUCCUCGCAGAUUGUUUCACUCACAUCAGACUUCUUGCUGCCAGUGGCUCGGAUGAGCUGGAAGAGCUUCCGGUAGUUACCAGAUGCAGCUGCUGCUUCCAGCUCAUUAGCACGCAUCGACCAUCAGGCUUCUCAGUCCUUACGCAAGCUUUGCCCAAUUUCCUUACGUAACAUCCUUCGUUUAUGGUCAAGCUCACGGUCACCCGGAGUAGACCGACGGGCUUCAAUGAGUUGUAAGGAACCUGGAGAAACCCAGUGCUUAAAAGCGGGACGUUUCGCAAACCCACAACUGACUGUUCCCGCCAUUUUCAUGGCGUCAUGCAAUUGCAACCAAUGCUCAUCUAUACUUUUCGGUGGAGUGGUAGCUAGCCUAGAGGCUAGCUCGGUUCGAUACUUAUUUGCAACAGAAGUUGCAACCAGCUUGCUAAUAUCAAUCCGUUGAUGGUGGUCACUUCGUUGUCCACUGAAAAGUAAGGCGAGAUUGGCGCAGACCAAGGCAUGGUCAGAGUCCAGAUAGGUACUCCAAAAGGAGCGGCAGUCUUGUACACAACCACGCCAGCGGUAGCUGAUCGCGAUGUGAUCAAUCUGAGUCCAGGCUUGGGAUGCAGAGGGAGAACGCCAGGUGGCACAUCGGCGAUGACUGUGCCGAAAGUUAGUGCUAGCCAGAAACAGGUUAUGGUCUGUGCACAGUUGCAGUAGACGGUCCCCGUUAUCUGACCUGCGACCAACAAGUCCCCAUCGGCCACCUAAACGACUCUCUUCUGUGCCUAGACGCCCGACCUGAGCAUUCAAGUCUCCGGCUAGUACUACAAUAUCUGUCGAACGCACUUUCUGGAGAAGAACAGAUAACUGGUGGUAAAACUCAUCCUUGAUUGCAUCCGGGCUGCAAUCUGUCGGGGCAUAGGCGGAGAUGACGAAAAGACAUCGUUUCUCACGCCGAUUUCUUCUCACUUUGAUGGAACUUUCUAAUCUAACAGCACAUAACCGACUGUUAAUGGGGAUCCAAUCGACUAGUGCUGCCUCAGCUCUAGCGCUUAGUGCGACACCAACGCCAGCAAGACCAGACGAAGAUGCCACAGGGUCCCCGGAUAAGCGCACGUGAAACAAGCUUUUCGAAGCGACAGAUGGAGAUCGAAUUUGUAGUACUUCGCCAGAGUCUUGAAUACGGGUCUCGGAUAGACAACACACGUCAAUAUUAAGACUUUCCAAAGACAUAGCCAGCCCUAUCUGUUGUCCGACCUGCAUAAAUGUGCGAACGUCGAAGGCAGCCAGUUUGAAUGGUGCACGUGGUUUCAGAAAAACUGCUUCAGUCCUCGUAUUCGGUGGUAACAUACAAUUUUCAACCGGACAGUGACUCGAGAACGAUUAGAUACAGUCAGAUUUCCACCAAAGACGAGCCGCUGUAUAAGUAUAAAAGAGGAUACCGUUAUACAAACUCUAACGAAGUGCAAAUCAACGAUCCCGUUAGUGCAGUGGCAUUUCAUAAAGAUUUAAAAAUGCUUGCAACUGGGUUUGAAUCAGGGUUACUUUUACUACAUACAUUUCCAGACUUCAUAAUAAUCAGUGAAGUAAAUCUGUUCACUAACAGUAUAAGCAGUCUAACGAUUAACCGUAAUGGUGAUUGGAUUGGUGCAGGUUCAGAGCUAUUCGGACAAAUUGCUGUUUGGGAAUGGAGAUCGCAAUCCUGCUACCUACGCGCUGAUUCCCAUUCUAAGGAAAUGACUAGUUUGGCGUACUCUCCUGAUGGUUUACAUUUGGUAACUGGGGGUUAUGAUAACAAAGUGAAAGUUUGGCGUAUAUCUGGUGGCAGGUGUGUUGUAACCUUUACUGAGCACACAGCUGGUGUUACUGGAGUUGCAUUCCCAGCUCAAAAUUCCAAAGUCGUUUUGUCAGCCAGUUUGGAUGGGACCGUUCGCGCUCAUGAUUUGAUUCGCUACAGGAAUUUUCGUACAUUCACUGUGCCUACUCGUCGCGUUCAGUUCUCGUCGUUGGCUGUUGAUACGCGUGGCUCUCUUGUUGCUGCUGGAGGUCUGGAUACUUUUGAAGCUUAUGUAUGGUCAGUUAAGACGGGCCAGCUGUUGACUACCUUAACGGGGCAUACUUCUCCCAUUAGUGCAUUAGCAUUUAAUCCUGCCAUUUCUGGUAUUGAUAUCGAAUUGGCUACUGUUAGUUGGGAUUGUACGCUUCGAUUAUGGGAUGUUACAGGCAAUUCGACUGAUGAAAAUAAUUUAUCUAGUAUGGGUCUUACAAAAGAGGUUGUUAAUUUUUCAUGUGAUGCUUUAUACGUUGUAUAUCGAGCUGAUGGUAAGCAGCUGGCUAUUUCCCUUUUAAAUGGAAACAUAGUUUUCUAUGACCCUAAUGAAGGGGUUGAAAUGGGAACCAUAGAUGGUCAUCGGGAUCUUGGGGUAGCACAGACUAGUGAGGAAGACUUAGUUACCCCACGUAGAGCAGCCGAAUCUAAGAAAUUCCAAACUAUAGCUUAUUCUGUCGACGGUGAACAUUUAAUAGCAGGUGGAGAUUCAAAAUACAUAUGUCUCUAUUCUGUUCCUGAUAAAUUAUUAAUUAAACGAUUUGAAGUCACAUGUAAUCUUUCACUAGCUGGAGUUCAAGAGAUACACGAUCGACGUAACUAUUUACAUCGUUUCAGUAUGGAAACAAUGAACGCCAAAGAAGCACAACGUCCUAGUUUGCGAAUCCCAUCAAGCAUUAAGGGUGAAGAUCGUAGUCGUCGCCAGUGGAGACCUGAAGUGAGAGUUUCUGCAGUUGAAUUUUCACCUACAGGUGAUUCAUUCGCAACUGCCACUACAGAAGGUAUUCUUGUAUAUUCCUUACCAUCUGCUGGAACAGGGUAUGGCAUAAGUAGUAUUUUUGGUGCUUCAAGCUGUAGUGAUAGUGGUUGGUUGUUUGAUACAUUAGGUAUUGAUGAACAAACCACUCCAUCAAACGCUCGUAGUGCACUCGUUCAAGGUAGACAUGCAGAGGCGUUGGACAUGGCUAUUCGAUUGCAAUCGCAUGAACUUGUUGAGGAAGUCAUUGAAUCAAUUCCCGUUGACCAAAUUGAUUUUUUAGCCCGUCAACUCCCUAUAAAUCAAAUUGCACAUUAUCUCAUCUCUUUUCUUGCUCGUCAGUUGAGUGGCCGAUCACGUCAUGUUGAGUUAUAUGUUCGCUGGACACAUUCUAUACUCCGUUCUCAUGCAUUGAACUUGCGAAGAAUAGCUGCUAAUUCAGCUUUAUCUGAAUGUACGAAUUCUAAGGAGUCAAGAAAUCUUCCGAAUAACGAAUCAAUAGACAACAAAAAGGAACUUUGUAAUCCAGGUUUUUUAACUUUACAAGGUGAAUGGGCAACUUGCCAAGCAAACUUAGUUCGCUUACAGGCUAGUCUGAAUCAUGUAAAGUCUAAUAUAAUCAAACAUUGCGAAAAUGUGGACAAUUUGUGGAAUUAUUACGAAAGUUUAUUCAAAUUGUAUCACGAAAAGGAUGAUAAUAAUGUACAGAGUGAAAAUAUCAUGGAAUAUGGUUCGAGCUAAUUAGUUUCAUAUUGUACUUAUUCACUCUUACAUUAUGAAAAGUGCGUGUAUUUAUAAUUAAUAUAACUCGAUUUAUUGACAAUAUAAUCACAUCUUUGUUCGUAGAUUAUCCAUUUAUCGUGAAUUGUAUCUUCAAAACAUACUCAUAAUCAAAAUGUUUGUAAAUACAAGUUCUUUCAG